AUGGCACCAAACCAAGGUCUCAUUCAUCCAAAGGAAUACGACAUCAAGGAUAGCAACGUUGAGCUGAUUGGAACCGAUAUCGACCAUCAGGUAAAAUACAAUUCUGCACUUACUGAACCGGCGUGGAAUGAUGGACGAGUUGGCAUCGAGCCUGGGCUGUUUAUCUGGCGCAUCGAGCAGUUCGAGGUCGUUCCUUGGCCAAAGGAAAAGUACGGCCAAUUUUACGAUGGGGACAGCUUUAUUGUUCUCUUUUCAGAGCUUAUCGGAAGCAACGACGGAACAGAGAUGCUUGUUCACGAUGUCUUUUUCUGGCUAGGCCAGCAUACCUCGCAGGACGAGGCAGGAACAGCAGCCUACAAAACAGUUGAACUAGACGAGUUUCUCAAGGGUACGGCGACUCAGCAUCGAGAGAUUCAGGAAUCGCCAUCAGACGACUUCCUAGCACUAUUCCCGCGCAUAUCAAUCCGCUCUGGCGGAGUGCGUUCUGGGUUCCGACACGUGGAGGAGGAAGAUGAGCCACAGGAGACGCUCACCUUGCUGCGUGUGUUUAAGAACCCCGCUGCCGGUGCCAGUGGCGUCGUCGUCCAUGAAGUUAAGCCUGUCUGGACGAGUCUUGAUGACACGGAUGUGUUUGUCCUAGAUGUUGGCGGCAAGAUUUGGGUUUGGCAAGGAAAGGACUGUAGUCCCAUGGAAAAGGCAAAGGCUGCUCAGAUUGUCCACGAUAUGACCGUCGCAAAGCAUUCGGAAGUGGAAGUCAUUUCGCAGACCGAGUCCCGGUCACGAAGAAUUGUUGAUCUCCUCGGUGGAGACGACGAAACACCACGCGAUGGAUUCCACUGCCGAAAGCCCUUCAGCCCCCGUCACGUUGAGCAGGCAUCCAAGAAGCUCUUUAGGCUCAGCGACGCCUCGGGUCAGCUCUCAUUUGGUCUCGUCAAGGAAGCUGAGCGUAUAUCGCAUGGCGAUUUCCAGAGCGACGAUGUUUUCUUGCUGGAUGAUGGCGGAAAGGCGAUUUGGGUGUGGCAGGGAAGCGGAUCGAGCGCUGCGGAAAAGAAGAGCUGGUUCAAGAUUGCGCAAGCGUAUGUGAGGCACCUGUCAGCUGAGAGCGGCCGUGAUGACGCGUAUCUCACUCCUGUAGCCAAGGUUGUCGAGGGUGGCGAGAGUCGGGCUUUUGCAAGGGCUCUUGCAGCUUGA